AUGGAUCUUGACUUCUAUAGCUCCAGUGAGAAUAGAAAGCGUACAGCAGAAGACACGUCAACGAACACGGAAAUAUCUACAUUGGAUUACCCGGAUCCUCCGCCCCGCGUUCUCCGUCGCCACCAUCACCGGCAUCGCAAUGCUGCUUCCGAAGUGUGGGGUCUAGACAUUCCCUCCUCUCAAACGGCCUCGCCCCCUAGAAAUGACACCCAAAAGCGACCAUUCAGCGUCUACAAGGCUAUCCUCCGGCACAACAAUCUCUUCUUCCAGUUUGCUCUCCGCCUGCCGUAUUCCUCACUCAUCGACCUUUACGCCAUUGACAAGGAGUUUCACUACCGCGUCAACAAGUACAGCGUUUCACUCAUCCACGACUAUGCCCGUCGCCAUGCCCCUCUGGCUGGCCAUAUCUUCAGCUGGGUGCUGUACCCGCAGCUAUGCAUCUCAGACCCGAUGCUCAGACCAAUGGACGAGCGACAGUGGCUAGCGCGUGAUGUGCCCGGCUUCCGCUGGGUUGGCAUGAUACUCUGGCGUCAGAACAUUGUUCGAUCCAUCCUUACGAUUCUCAGCAUGGAAGGACACCGAGUACCUGCCGCAUGUGAAGCUACGCUCAUGAAGUUCUGGUGCCUCAUGGAGAUGAAGACUACAAAGCUGCGCCUCUCUUUCCUCAAAGAUAAAGAGAUCUGGUCUGAUGCCGACAUUAUCAAUUUUCAGCUUUUUCUUGUGAAGCUCAAUAUGCGCUUUUCAGACCCUGUUUUAGGAAAUGGCUGUUGUCAGCUGGCGUCUUUGCUACUCGGCCAGAAGAGUUUAAGCACGCUGUGGAAGGUGCUGAGUGGCAGGCUCAAGUUGAACUACAAUAGAGCAAGCCAUAUGGUGGCCAGGACAUUUCACGAAGCUGAUCUUGAUAUACACAUGCAUGUUGUGGUUGAAGAGAUGACGGCUGAGGAGUUUGAUGCACUAGGUAUUUUGGCUCGUGAGGGCUGGCACAAGGACGGUACCAAGAUGGAGCACGCCGUCGAUAUGGUCAUUUCCGAGGGUAUCAGAAGGAAUUUGCACGUGCAAAAGUACUAUAUGGAUUUUAUCCUCUAUGGCUUCAUGGAUGAGAGGACCGGGAAGAAUGUACCUGUGCCGAGACAGUUGAGGGGUGAGAAGAACGUGAAGCUCCCAACUGAAGGAUGGCCAGAGAAGAAGGUGAGAGAUGACACUAUCAAAAAGCUGGAUGACCUUUUGGAGGUUUUUGAGGCCGUAAAAGAGGAUGAGGUGGAUACCAGCACUUGA